AUGUCUACGUUUACCCAGAUCCGAAACCAGAUCCUUGUGCUUGAGAAGCAAACAGACCUGUGGCUCACCAAGUACUCGGCGUACGAGAAGAACCUUCUGAUCAAAGAAGAUGUUGACCAAGAGUCCAACAUCACCGCCCAAUUGCAUAAUGGGUUCGCCCGCCGGGAGGAGUUGAUUGAUAAGUUGAACCGUAUAAACGAGUUUGAAAACUUGUCGACGUCCAAACUACAACAGUUGACAAGACACAAGGAAAUCUUGAUUGAUCACAAGCAAAUUUUUGCCCGGUUGGCGGGUUCCAUCCAAGAAAUCAAAAAUAAGAACAACUUGUUAUUUUCCAUUCGAUCCGACUUGAACAGCCACAAGCAACGGUCUGACCAGCGAGCCAGUGCCCAGGAUGUUGAUGCCCACGACUAUAUUUUGGACGAGUCGGUUCGAGUGGGUGGGUUCAAUGAUAUUGCCAAUAACUUGUUGGCAAGUGCCUACCGCACUCGAGACGAGUUGAUGAGCCAAAGAGGGUACCUUAACAGCGCUCAACUGCGGAUGUCCAACACGCUUCAGCGAGUGCCAGGAAUUGGGACAUUGAUAUCAAGAAUCAACACUCGAAGAAGAAGAGACACGUUUAUCUUGGCUACGGUGAUUGCCGCGUGCAUUUUGCUCUUGUUCUUCGUGUAA